CAGAGCAUCGAUCCACUCGAAGUACCCUUCCCCUUGUCUCGCUUCUUCUCUUCCUGGAGCUUUCUUUCCCACUUUGCUCAGUCUUUCUCUGUAAGUGGUAGGAAGUUGGAGCUCUUCCUUUAGAAAUGGGGUGCGGGAGGAAGAGAGCGAGCUCUUCCAUGAGUUUGGUGUCCAUCAUUAUUGGUGUGGUGAUCUCCCACUGCAUGAUCAUCCCAGCACUGUGCCAAACUGAAGCUGAACUUGAAGGAUUUUAUGACAGCAAGAACUACUAUGGCACACCCACUCCCCACGGUGGGUGGAAUGAAAUCAAAUGCUCUGGUAGUCCUCACCAUGGCGGCGGUCAUCCCACGCCUAACUGCGACACCCCGCCUAGUGGAGGGGGAGGAACGCCUCAUCAUGGAGGGGGAGGAUACUACACACCACCAAGCGGCGGAGAACCAGGAGGUGGGGUGCCCAUGACUCCUCCGUCACACGGCGGCGGGUACUACACACCACCAAGCGGCGGAGAACCAGGAGGUGGGGUGCCCAUGACUCCUCCGUCACACGGCGGCGGGUACUACACACCACCAAGCGGCGGAGAACCAGGAGGUGGGGUGCCCAUGACUCCUCCGUCACACGGCGGCGGGUACUACACACCACCAAGCGGCGGAGAACCAGGAGGUGGGGUGCCUAUGACUCCUCCGUCACACGGCGGCGGGUACUACACACCACCAAGCGGCGGAGAACCAGGAGGUGGGUUGCCCAUGACUCCUCCGUCACAGGGAGGCGGGUACUACAACUCGCCACCAACUGGUGGAGGACCCGGAGGGGGGCUGCCACUGACGCCUCCAUCUGAUGGCGGAUACUACAAUUCACCACCCACAAGCGGCGGCCCCGGAGGGGGGCUGCCACUGACGCCUCCAUCUGAUGGCGGAUACUACAAUUCACCACCCACAAGCGGCGGCCCCGGUUUCACACCGCCUUCAGGCGGUGGUGGUUUCUUACCGCCUUCAGGCGGUGGUGGUUUCCUACCGCCUUCAGGCGGUGGUGGUUUCCUACCGCCUUUUAGCGGCGGUGGUGGGUCUCCUUUGCUUCCUACACCAAUCACUCCCAUCUUCCCUAUCGAUCCCAACAUCGGCUCACCCUUUGGAACUUGCACCUGGUGGAUCACUCACCCUUCGGCCAUUUAUGGUCUCUUUGGUUAUGUUGGUACCGUCGGCGGUCUGUUCGGUACCCUCUGCACACAAGUGUUUGGCCAUGACAUGAGCCUGAUGCAGGCCAUGACGAACACCCGCACCGAUGGGUACGGCGACAUUUUCCGGGAAGGCACGGCCUCCCUCCUCAACUCCAUGGCUCACCAACGUUUCCCUUUCACCAUGGAAGAAGUAAGGGACCACUUCGCUACUUCCCUCGUCUCCAAUAACGCCGCCGCCGCUCAAGCCAAUAUUUUCCGGCAAGCCAACGAAGGCCGCCUCGGCUUCCGACAAUAGUUCCUCUGCCAUGCCUUGUAUUUGAAUACCUUCUUCAUGUUAUGUUUAGUCCUCUGUGUGUGUGUGUGUGUGUGUAUGUGAGUGCAUGCACACUGACUCGUGUGCAGGAGGCGUUGUUUGCGUUUUUAACUGUGUAAGUUACUCUGUUGGGUCGCCAUUAAAAUGCUGGUUCUUGUGAGUGGUA